GACGCCAGGGACGGUCCUCACCCGCCCGCCGAGGACGACCGAGGAGACGCAGGGGAGAGCUCCAAGGAACAGGCGGCCAACGCCAUACCUAACCUGCUGAGGAUGCUGAAGGAGGCCGAGAGCAGGUGGACCCCCGGUCAGGGUCGGGACGGGACGAAGGAGGGGGUCACGGAGGCCCUCAAGACCGACAUGAAAAUACAACUGACUGAGCAGGAAGAAGAAUUCAACAAGCGACCUAUGAAGACCGUCCCGCGCACGCUGUCGAGGUCCAUCUCGCAGUCGUCCACCGUCAGCUACAGCUCAGUCAGCAGUGACUGCUUAGAGGAUGAGUCCUCUCCUAGGAACAAGGUCCAGAAGACAUCCAAGGACACCUCGGACUUCUGCAUCAAAGACAUCAAACGAGCCGACUUUGGACGUCGAGAAAUUGCCAUUGCGGAGCAAGAGAUGCCUGCGCUGAUGGUUCUGAGGAAGAGAGCGGGAGCGGAGAAGCCUCUGACCGGGGCCAAAGUGGUCGGCUGUACGCACGUUACCGCACAGACCGCAGUUCUGAUCGAGACUCUGGCCGCGUUGGGGGCUCAGUGUCGCUGGGCGGCCUGCAACAUCUUCUCCACUCAGAACGGCGUGGCUGCGGCUCUGGCUGAGGGAGGCACAUGUGUGUUUGCAUGGAAGGAGGAGACAGAGGACGACUUCUGGUGGUGCAUCGAUCGCUGCGUCGGAGCCGACAUCUGGCAACCCAACGUGAUUCUGGAUGACGGGGGUGACCUGACCCACUGGAUCUACAAGAAGCACCCCGGCCUGUUCAAGAACAUAAGAGGCGUUGUGGAGGAAAGCGUUACGGGAGUUUAUCGCUUGUACCAGCUGGCUAAGGCCGGCAAGUUGUGUGUUGCCGCCAUGAACGUCAACGACUCCGUGACCAAGCAGAAGUUUGACAACCUUUACUGUUGUAAGGAGUCCAUCCUGGACGGCUUGAAGAGGACCGCAGACGUCAUGUUCGGGGGCAAGCAAGUGUUGGUCUGCGGCUACGGCGAGGUUGGCAAAGGUUGCUGUGCCGCCCUCAGAGCCAUGGGAGGAGUUGUGUACGUCACAGAAGUGGAUCCCAUCUGUGCCCUGCAGGCCUGCAUGGACGGCUUCCGAGUGGUCCAACUCAACCAGGUGGUCCGACAGGUGGACGUGGUCAUCACCUGCACAGGCAACAAACAUGUGGUGGCCAGGGAACACCUGGAGAGGAUGAAGAACGGCUGCAUCGUCUGCAACAUGGGACACUCCGACACGGAGAUCCAUUUGACCAGUCUGCAGACCCCUGAGCUGAGGUGGGAGCGGGUCAGGCCUCUGGUGGACCACAUCAUAUGGCCAGAUGGGAGGAGAAUAGUCCUGCUGGCUGAGGGUCGCCUGCUGAAUUUGAGCUGCUCCACCGUUCCCACGUUUGUCCUUUCAAUCACCGCCACAACGCAGGCUCUGGCCCUCAUAGAGCUGUUCAAUGCUCCCGAGGGACGUUACAAGCAGGACGUCUACCUGCUGCCAAAGAAGUUGGGCAAGUAGAUCGUCCCCCCGGAGAAAAGCAACACCACCCGUACUUGUGUUUCCUCUUCAUUUCUACCUCCAAAAUGAUGAUUUAUUUUUCUUUUCCCAGAUGAAUAUGUGGCUAGUCUGCACCUUCCCAGCUUUGAUGCUCGCCUCACAGAGCUGACAGACGAGCAGGCCAAGUACUUGAGCAUCGGCAAGCAGGGACCCUUUAAGCCCAACUAUUACAGGUACUGACCUACUGGACGUCAAAUUGAAGAUCUUCAGACCAACUCAGUUUUAAUCAUUCACUGCUGACCAACUGUUUGUUUGCUAAGAUGUUCUGCGUUCCUAGAAAGAUGUACGAGAUACGUUUUUGCGCGUUGUUGGUUUUUUUUUUUUUACUCAUUAGCUACAUAAUGUGGAAAAAAAGAUGUAUUUGUGUAAACUAACUGUUAGCGACACACACUAAAGGUGCAAAAACUUGUCAUGCACCAAGUGUGCGUGUAAAAAUUUGAAGUGCUCCCCACCUGGUCAACAUAUGAAAUAACAAGUGUGUGUAAGAAAUUGAAAUGCGCCCCCUUUGGCCCAAUUUUUUUUUUUUUAAAUACAUAAAUAUGUAUAUAGAGACAUAUUGUAA